CGUCAGCACGUUACUGACAGUAUGGCAGCCCCCGUGAAUAGUGUGGGUAAACCCUCAGCCGAACGUCCACCGUUCAAUAGUACGAGUUUUCAGAAGAAAACAAGGAGCAAGUUAAUAUCCAUACCUGGUACUAGACCUUCGGUUCAAAAUGGACAGCUCCUAGUCUCCACCGGUGUCACGUCACUCGACUAUUUGCUCGGUGGUGGAUUAGCAGUUGGAACAGUGCUUCUCAUAGAGGAGGACCGAUUUGAUGGCUACUCUCGCAUGAUCCUCAAGUACUUCCUGGCAGAAGGAGUGGUGUGUCGGCAUGAACUUUUUGUUGCAUCAGCUCAAGAUAACCCUGAUGACAUCUUACAGGAACUCCCUGCUCCCAUCUUGGACGAUGUGGCCAUUCACAAGCCUGUGGAACAGCCCAGGCUGUCUUGUGAACCCCAGGACAAUUUGGAUGCUAUGAAGAUUGCCUGGCGCUAUCAGAAUCUACCUAAAGUACAGAGUGCCCUGGCCUCUUCUUCCCGAUUUGGGCAUUACUAUGAUGUUUCCAAGACAAUGGAGCCAGAAAUUCGCCAGGCAGCCAAGUGCCACCGCUUCUACCUUCCAGAACAUCCCACCCAGUCAUCAACAACAAACAGUCGCAUGAUUGAGUCUUACUCUGCAUUGCUGAAGUCCCUUCAAGAGGUCAUACACAGAGAAGGCUUUGAUUUGUCUACCCCCAUGUCCAUGUCUCGUAAUAUCUUGCGUGUUGGGCUUCACUCUCUUGGGUCAGCUUUGUGGAAUGAUGACCUGAGUUGCCACGACGACCCCAUGCAUAACCACGCCUUGACUACCUUUCUUUAUGGACUGCGUGCCUUACUGAGGUCAUCACUGUCAGUUGCAGUAGUUACUGUUCCUUCUCAUCUUAUUCAGGACCGGGCUCUAAUGGGCAACAUUACCAGGCUAUGUGACAAUGCCAUAGCCUUAGAAUCAUUCAAAGGCUCUGAGAGAGAGACCAACCCUCUCUACAAAGACUACCAUGGCCUGCUACACGUACGCCAAGUACCUUACCUGAACUGUCUGGCGAGCCAACUCCCUGACCACAAGGACCUGGCUUUUAAGCUCAAGAGAAAACAGUUCAGUAUUGAGAGACUGCAUUUGCCUCCAGACUUGUCUGAGACAGUGAGUCGUGUGAGCAGGGGGGAGCUGGCAGGAGCAGCCGCGGUGGCGUCAGCCUGUGGCUCCGGCACUUCCGGCAACAAACACCUGGACUUCUAGAGCUCCCACACAGUCGCUAUAGGCAACCAACACCUGGAAUGCCACAGCGUUGUCCUCUUCACUGCGGUGACCAGGUUGUUCCCUUGCCCACAUAAUGUCAACAUCUAUAACCCUGCCAGCCAUUACCACCUGCCAACUGACACAGCCAGGGGUGAAGAUCUAAACAUCCACAGUACCUCUUCUCAUAACCGACACAUUUCUUCCUAUAUUUCACAGCUCUUCUUUUAUUUACACUUAGUCUACAUGCUUUUUGUUUUUUUCCUGACUCUGAAAGCUGAUAUUCACACAAUCCACGCUGUCAUUACGGACUCAUUUCACUUUUGUUGCUAGCAAACCUUUUUCUGUUUUUCCUGCAAGCUGCAGAAACAUAGAAACACUGUGUUGUUUUGAAAUGUAAUGUAAAAGUAAAUGGCUGGUAAGGUGAUGAUUACUUAACCUAAAUAAAAUACAAGCUGGGUGUUUUUUUCAGGUUUGGUACAUUUUGUAAGUUCUUUGUUGUUUUCUCUGCCUCUAGAGAAUAUGUUUACAAGCAAAGUGCAGCCGUUAAUUUUUUUUUUUAACCUUUCUUUACAGACAGACAGUCGAAGUAAAUAUUGAAUAAUUUAACUAAUCUCUGGGCCUCUAUCGACUCACUCCACUUUACAAAAGUCUAUAAAUACAGUUUAUUUUGCAGGUUGAUCAAAUUUUCUUAUGUAAAAGUAAAUAAUAAACAAUAAAUAUACUGAACAUGGCACACACUAUAUUGUCUGUUUUUACUUUACUGCAGUUCAACGCCAACUCUGAGGAGAAAAUAGACUGUGAGACUGGGAGGGACUGAUCUCUGGUUUGCCUGACUGGUUUCAGGUUUGGAUAGGGAUGCCUCCAUCUGACCCUGAGACUGUGCCUGUGAGUGAUGUAUACCUCCAGUAAGCAGAGCAGAGCAGGAAUGUGGGCAGAGGGUAGGAGAGCUGAAUUUGGGUGCAGGCUUCACACCUCAUCAGGCAUGUUUGCUGGAUGAGCUGCUUUGCCAUGACAAGCCCAAAAGAACAAAUUAGGUCAAACGGUGACAUGGAGAAACAGAGGAGAACAAAAAAAUCAACAUGAAAAAUUAAAUGUUUCAUUUUUAUUUUCCUCAGUCUGCUGUUGAUGCCAGUUUAAAUAUUGUUGCUCGUAAAAACUGGCAGUAUUGGUAACCAUCUGCAACACUUGUCGGGAGAGGGUAGUGUUACCUGACGGAUUCAUACAUGAGUGGAGCGCUCUUGUAUCAGGUGUAUAUUAUGAGCAAGAACGGGUUUUCGUACGCAGGUCACUUACGCAUGUGAAUGAAAGAUAAAAACGCAUUUUUUUAAAGUUAUUGUUGCUGAUGACAUAUUCAGGGUACAAAUUAAAGGUAGAUUAAAAUGGAACAGACUCAUUUUGACACGUGUUUAUGUUCCCGUUUCACUAGCAUGCAAGUUUGUUGUUUUUUUUGUUUUACAUUAUUUAGCCCAAGUUUCUAUGUCAGCAUGCUGAUUCACAUUCUGUCUACUCUGUUCAGAAGCACUUGAGCUGAUUGUUUUUUUAAUUUAUAAAAUGUUUUGAAUCAAAUUUAGAAUUUAGCAUAUGACUUAUCAUAGAGCGGAUUUGUCAGCGUCCUCCCACAAUGCAGCGGCUUAUGAUUAGCCAAGUGUUUGCCUGUUUUGUCACCUUUCUUCUGAUUGAUUCAGUUUUGUUGCUCAAAAUGCAAUGCGCCUUUAUUACUAGGUAUGUUACCAGUCUGUAAAUGAAAUCCGUAUUCCUGUCACAUAAGAUGAACAUUCGAUGCUGUAGGUAUAUUAUGCAGCUCUUCCUGAAGUAGUGUGGAGAUUGCACAUCUAUAUGUUUCUUAGCUAAAGCCAACUAUUUGAAUAUAGUUGCUUUUACUUGGGUUUUAUGGAUUGUAUUUUAUCACAUACUAUUAAAGAAGUAAAAAGUGGGGUGUUUUCUUAACCACAUUCAAUAUCUUUUUUCUGCAUCAACUAUUUCUCUGAGAAGUUUAGUGUAAAAGCAGAUUCCCCUUCAAAUGUGUUGUGUGUUGCUUUAGAGAUGAGAACCAAUUAAGCCAUACUUGUCAAAAACAUCUUACUCAAAGCUUAUACUACUCUUUAUUUGUAUUCAUAAUGAUGAGGGAGGCAUGACUUCAUGUUUGCUUCAAGCACACGCUCGCGCUGAGACGCUAAGUAGCCGGGCGUCAGCGUUUGUUCACUUGCUGUGGGAAUUCAGAUUCAGAUUUCUCCAGGUCAGAAUUAUUGUGUCUCAUUAAAAAUCAUAUCAAAAAGUAAAAAGUUCUCUGCAACUUUUACAGAAACUUCUAUUGCCUGACUUUGUUCCGCACAAGAAUUACAUUUAAACCAUUUUAUCCCGAAGCUGUGUAUUAUUUAGACUUCCACUAAUUGCAGUCUUUCUUGCAUUUUGAAUCUCUCUGUAAUUAUUAAUGUUCCUCUUCUGUCUUGCCAGAGUCAUCGAGUCUGCUCCGUCUUCCCCUCCUCGUGCUCCCGAAACAGACUUCCUCCAUUUGUGUGAUAAACUGGCUUAAAUGAACAGAGAAAUUGCUUUAGUCCAAGAAAAAAAAAAUCCUCUUAAAAAUCUGAUUAACCUCCAAUCCUGCAAACUUCUAACUGAACUAUUUAAUAUCGAGUGAGACAUCUACAUGAAGUUGAUCAAUUUAGCAGGAUGUUCGGAGCUGGUACAUGCUGAGUGAAUCUUACCUGACCUCACUCUCUCAUGGAUAACUUUUCCUUUUAGAUGGUUACUCUCGCUCUCUCUCUCUCCCCCUCCAUACCCCUUUAAAUCCAUACACAUACACACACAACCCCCCCACCCCCUGCUGAGGCAGCAAGUGAAGCAAAAUAACUCACUCUGCCACACAAUCGCUCCUCCACCUCGCUCUAGGCACUGACUGCUUUAUUUCAUGACUUUUUUCCCCCCUUUCUCUUCUCUGCUCCCUCCUUUUCCUCAUUGGUCCCAUCAUCGGUCCUGUAUUUUUUUUUCUUUUUCCAUACCAUCGUAACUCUACUAAAACAAGAGCAAGGGACGUUGAAUUGCUUGACCUUUCUCAUUGUGUGGUCUGUGUCGACUUGGUUCGGCCCCACACAUCAGGAAUGUGUUUUUUUUAUUUUGGACGCCUUUGUUGGGAAGGAAUCGAACGUGUUACGUUCACCACAAGCUGUCGCACUGGCACCGGCCCGUGUUAGAGUUGUUCACUUUUGCAGCAACGAUGCAAAAAAAAAACAAAACAGAGUUUCUCCUUGCUCAGUAAAAGCUGACACAGCAUUAACCAGGCAAAAAGGCUUUCUUUAAGACACAAUUUUACUGUACAAAAUGUUUUUUAUAGUUUUCACAAAAUACAUUUAGAAAGCUCCAUUUUAAAUAAAAUUAAAUUGAAAUAUUUAAGAGACAGCGUGUAGACGUUUUAUCUCAGAAGCAAUGCUCAGACGUAAACCCAGUAUGUGUCCAUGUUCUACGUACACACUGAAAUAAAAAUGCAAAACUCAAAAGAGCAUGACAGAUGAUGCUAGAAAAACCCUCCCAUGGUCUUCAAUUAUAAAUAAGGACUGCGGGUUUCGACUGCAGUCUUACGAACUCGAAGCCAAUAUAGUUGAACAGAACGUGUUUACAAAAUUUUGCAACACAAGACUAAUAUCUUUUUUUAAAAAAACAUUGUGUACUAGAUGAAAUACAAAGGCUUUGGUCUGUUUUACAAUCAACAAUGAUUAAAUCUGAUAUGUACUUGUAAACAACUGCCAAACACUUAAGUUUAAAACUCUGUCAAGCAAUGUUUAAUCAUAAUUAUAGGAAUUAAAUAUUUCUAGUUGCACAUUUUUUUUUUUGACCAUAGGACACUAUAAUACAACUAUACCUAAGAGACAAAUUGUACCUGACCCUAAAGAAAAUGUAUUUUAUGAUGCAUGGAACAUUUAUAGAAUAUUCUGGGGGGAGGAGGGGGAUAAAUGAAAUCAACUUUUAUUGGUGAAAUCUUUCUGGAAGAUUUCUAGGGAAGACAAGUACUUUACAUUUUGACAUAAACAAACUGGAUUAUAUCGAAGAUGCAGUCUACCAUUUACAGACUACAGGGUUUUUUUGCACCUGUGUUUUCCACAUUUAACGUUCUUCGUGGUAAUCAAGUGUCAAUCCAACCACCAAAGCAAAAGGGUCCGAGUUGGGUUGCGUGUCGCACCUUCUUUGCACACUUGAAGCUGUUCAUAGUGAUCCGUGUCUAAUAAGCCAGCAAAUGCAGGCUCACGUCAGAGGAGCCAAGACCACAGCCUCAGUGGGUGGAUCGAGUUUGAGUUUCCUCUGCUAAAAUAUCCAUUCGCAAGAAAUAAGACCAAUAAAUAGUUGUUGCUUCUUUUGUGUUUUUUUUCUUUGACACAGUAAGAGUCUUCCCUCCAGCUUUUCGUCUUUAAUGAUAUGCAACAGCGUCCAGAGACCAUGCAAAGGCUGGUAGAAAGUCUUGAUAUAAGCAGAUUAAAAGAUAGUCAUGGCAGAAUCUCUCAGGUUCUCCUCUCUCAAACAAACGCAAGACCAACAUGGUUUUCUAGCAGUCCAUCUAUCAGUACUUGAUCUUGGUUUUUCAUAUUAACAUACAAAUGGCCAUUUACAAACACACCAGAGAACAAAAGGAAACAAUGACUGAAGUUGGAAAUAGAAAAAAAAACAGAUAAGAAGUUUUUGUUCCAUAUAAAUUUAA